AAAAAUAUCAUUGACAUACAUUUUGAUACGAAAAGUUAUUUGAAAAGCAACCGCUACCAUGCUGUCAAACAUACUUAAUCUAAUGACAUGGUGGAAAGACGCUAAUACCCUCAGACUUCAUAAGUAAUAUUCCUAGAAGAAGUUCAGGAACAGAAACGCAUCUUUAAUCAUUUAUGGUGUAGUUAGCUGUUGAUAGUUAAUGUUAAUGAUAUAUCCUAUGUAUCGAAUGAACAGAAGCCAUAAAUUUAAUUAUUUCGCGUUCCCUUGUCUGAAAAGAGCUGAGGAAGCCCGAUCUUUUACUGUAUCGUACUUGAAGAAAAAAUAGCCUUGUGAAAAUCGGUGGUAUCUUCCCUACACUAAACUGUUUUGCUUUGGGAUAGCUGGUUUGUGACUUCUUUAACAGACCUUACUCUACAAGCUGUGAGUGUUUUAGUGAAUCUAGAAAUUGUGCAAUGACUUAAUUUGAAUGACUAGAUGUGUCUCUCGAUUCAAUCUUUUUAUCUUCUAUUUUUCUUCGAUCCUUUCCAUGCUGUUUCCCACACCUUUGUCAAUCUAUCUCCUUUUGUUGCAGGUGAGAGAGUUAAAACAGUUUUUUCAUAUCAAUUCUUAAUUAAAAAAAAGGGUUUUUUUCAUGUGUUUUACCAUGGGAAACAUUGAAGAGGGAAAGUCUUCCACUUCUGAUAAAUCUUCACCUGCACCACCGGAUCAGACCAAUAUUCAUGUGUAUCCUGAUGGGGCAGCUAUGCAGGCAUAUUAUGGCCCCCGAGUGGCUCUCCCACCAUAUUACAACUCGGCCGUGGCUUCUGGUCAUGCCCCUCAUCCUUAUAUGUGGGGCCUGCCACAGCCUAUGAUGCCACCUUAUGGGGCACCUUAUGCAACAGUCUACUCACAUGGAGUGUAUGCACAUCCGGCUGUUCCAAUUGUAUCCCAUCCUCAUGGUCCUGGGAUUGUGUCAUCUCCUGCAGCUGGAACCCUUUUGAGUGCAGAAACACCUACAAAAUCUUCAGGAAAUACUGAUCGAGGUUUAGUGAAUAAGUUGAAAGGAUUUGAUGGGCUUGCAAUGUCAAUAGGCAAUGGUAAUGCUGAGACUGUCGAGGGUGGGGGUAGGCUGUCUCAAAGUGUGGAGAUAGAAGUUUCCAGUGAUGGAAUUGAUGGGAAUACAACUAGGGGAAAGAAAAGGAGCCGUGAGGGAACACCAACUGUUGCAACAGGUGGAGAUACAAAAAUGGAGUCACAUUCCAGUCCCCUUCCUAGAGAGGUGAAUGCAUCCACUGACAAUGUAUUGAGGGCAGCUGUUGCUCCUGGCAUGACCACAGCAUUGGAGCUUAGGAACCCUCCUAGUGUGAAUGCUGCUAAGACAAGUCCUACUACAAUUCCUCAAUCUGGUGUAGUCCUGCCCUCUGAAGCCUGGUUACAGAAUGAGCUGGAGCUGAAACGGGAGAAGAGGAAACAAUCAAAUCGAGAAUCUGCCAGAAGGUCAAGAUUAAGGAAGCAGGCUGAGGCUGAAGAACUUGCACACAAAGUUGAAGUACUCACCACAGAAAACAUGGCACUCCAAUCUGAAAUAAGUCAAUUUACAGAGAAAUCAGAGAAACUAAGGCUUGAAAAUGCUGCAUUAACGGAGAAACUCAAGAAUGCACGAUUAGGACAUGCGCAAGAAAUGAUUUUAAACAUUGAUGAGCACAGGGCCCCAGCUGUUAGUACAGAAAACUUGCUAUCAAGAGUUAACAAUUCUGCCUUUGAAGAAGAGCGUGAUCUGUAUGAACGAAACUCAAAUUCUGGUGCCAAGCUGCAUCAACUCUUGGAUGCAAGCCCCAGAGCCGAUGCUGUGGCUGCUGGUUGAUGACACUGGUUCACUCUCAGUCCCUUGUUAUCUUGAAUUUCACGGCAACCGUGUAAUUUUGGCCUAAUUACAAGCCCACAAAUACGGCUAACAGUUAGCAGUUGAUAGAAUGGCUAGAUAGGAUUGGCGUCUAUACUUGAGACUCGUGAUUUUGACAUGUUAAGUUAGCUUUCUCGAGGCAGAACUGAUACGUUUUAUCAAAUUCAGAGUGCUGGGAUGGCCACUCAAAGGUAAUGUACAUCGAAGAAAAUUAGGAACUAAGUGUAGGGAAGGUUUGGAAAAUAAUUUAUGAGUAUUCUGGUGUGUGCAAUUUUAACAAACAGUGAUGUGGACACUGUUCGAUAUAUGUAUGGGAAGAUUGUGCUGAUGCUCGCUCUUGUUAUUAAGUAUCUCAUAUAAGCUAUAAAUUAUGAUUGGAAUUUGAGACCGUUCAUUGAUAA